GUUUCUUCUUAGUUCCGGGCAGCACCAUCCGGCUUAAGGGAGUCAACUGGCAGCUUGUUUUCUAAAUACAAGGGACUUUUUGAUAUUUUUAGUUUUUAUUCAUAUUUUCCUUUAAUGGAUGUAUGUGUGUGCUGCGUAAGGAGAUAGUGUGCGGAACAAACUGAACACACUGGAUCCAAUAGGGAAAAUAAGUUGACUGUGCUGUCGGAAUAAUUUGUUUUUCUCGUUCCAGGAAAAAAGAUAGCUAAUUUUACCAACGUGAUUUAGAUUUCUGGAGUCUGGGGUAACGGGAAAUGUGACAUCUGAGGGAGGACAACGGUCCAUAUCCCAUUUCUACAAGACGGCGUAAACGGCAACAUUGUAUAACACCUCUCGUUCGCGUUCUCGCUUUGAUUAGGUAUAUUUGUUCUCGCAGUCUACUGCUCCAUAAUAUGGGAAUUGUUGUUAUAUGCGGAACGUUUGAAGUAUACCAUACUGUUCUUGCAACGCCGAAUACAAGUGGCUAUCAAGCUAGCAACUGUAGCGUGACCUAAAAGCCGAAUAACUUCUGCAAAUUGCAUGCAGCAAAGGCUGUGGAACAUCCGCGGUGGUGGACCAGACAAUAUGGAAAACUUGAGUACAUUUGAAAGAUGAAUGCUGUGCUAUUUCCCAUGUGAUACAUAUCGGUUUCUCUUUUCAUAUCAAUUAGGGGAAAUUGACUUGAGUUUCGUCAGUGGAGAGGGUGCCGCCACUUCCAACAUGAGGGUAAUCUAGGGCCGCGGAUAAUUUAUUUAUUGUGGGGGGUGCGGGUUAUUUUCUGUCGCAUUUUUAUUUGACAUUUUUGACAAGGUGCACUGCAUUUACAUAUGAAUUAUUGUUACAGUUUGGUAGCCUAUCUGCUGUCAGUGCAUGCGGAAAUAAAUUACAUUACAAUAAGUAGGUCAGAUCCGUGUAAUGAUGAGGCUGUUAGGUAGAGUGAGGCUGCCCUCAGAAUUAUAGCUGACAUGUUUAUUUAAUUCCAACCGUUUCAAGAGUUUUUGAUUUUUCUUUUAUACAUCGGGUCACAACCAAAUUAUCAGUUAAACACCAUCUGCCCAAUCCCAUAGCAUAUCUUCACCUGGGACAUUUUCGCGUAAAAUAAACGGCCAAUUUUCACCCAUAUUUCCCUCCUUUUCCUUUCUUUUUGAUUGUUAUUGAGUGAAUGGCUCUGUGCGGAACAACGGCAGCCAAUGCCGCAAAGAUGAUGGCUGCAUACAACGGUGGCGCCUCGGCAGUUUCUGCCCAUCACCCGCACCAUCACCACCAACUACCACAUCUCCCACCUCCCCAUCUUCACCACCAUCACCACCCGGGCCAGCAUCACUUGCAACACCCUGGCUCUGCCGCCGCUGUUCACCCUGUACAACAGCACGCUUCUACAGCAGCAGCGGUAAUGUUGAACCCGAGCCAGCAGCAACCAUACUUUCCCUCGCCAGCUCCUGGACAAGCCCCCGGUCCGGCAGCGGCUGCCGCACCUGCCCAAGUUCAAGCUGCGGCUGUCAAAGCUCACCACCACCAUCAACACUCACACCACUUACAGCCGCAGCUGGACAUAGAGCCCGACAGACCUAUCGGCUAUGGAGCUUUUGGGGUGGUCUGGUCAGUGACGGACCCCCGGGAUGGAAAGCGAGUCGCCCUCAAAAAGAUGCCCAACGUCUUCCAGAACCUCGUCUCCUGUAAGAGGGUCUUCCGUGAGCUGAAGAUGCUGUGCUUCUUCAAACAUGAUAAUGUGCUCUCGGCUCUCGACAUCCUACAGCCUCCACACAUCGACUACUUUGAGGAAAUCUAUGUGGUGACAGAACUGAUGCAGAGUGACCUCCAUAAGAUCAUCGUGUCACCUCAGCCCCUCAGCUCAGACCACGUCAAAGUGUUUCUCUAUCAGAUCCUCCGAGGACUGAAGUACCUGCACUCAGCUGGCAUCCUACAUCGAGACAUCAAACCUGGCAACCUCCUGGUCAACAGCAACUGUGUGCUUAAGAUCUGUGACUUUGGGCUGGCGCGGGUGGAGGAGCUUGACGAGUCUCGUCACAUGACUCAGGAGGUGGUGACCCAGUAUUACCGUGCGCCAGAGAUCCUCAUGGGCAGCCACCAUUACUCCAACGCCAUCGACAUUUGGUCUAUAGGAUGCAUCUUCGCCGAGCUACUGGGCCGACGCAUCCUGUUCCAGGCACAAAGCCCCAUCCAGCAGCUGGAUCUGAUCACGGACCUGCUGGGAACUCCCUCUCUGGAGGCCAUGAGGACGGCGUGUGAGGGGGCCAGGGCCCACAUCCUCAGAGGACCACACAAACAGCCAUCCCUUCCUGUCCUGUACACCCUGUCCAGCCAGGCCACCCACGAAGCUGUUCACCUCCUGUGCAGGAUGCUUGUAUUCGAUCCGUCUAAACGGAUCUCAGCGAAGGAUGCCCUGGCCCAUCCCUACCUGGACGAGGGCAGACUGAGGUACCACACCUGUAUGUGUAAGUGCUGCUACACCACCUCCUCUGGUCGUGUCUACACCAGCGACUUCGAGCCCGUCACCAACCCCAAGUUCGACGAUGGCUUCGAGAAGAAUCUGACCUCCGUCAGACAGGUCAAAGAGAUCAUUCACCAGUUCAUCCUGGAGCAGCAGAAGGGGAACAGAGUGCCGCUCUGCAUCAACCCCCAGUCAGCCGCUUUCAAAAGCUUUAUCAGUUCCACUGUGGCCCAGCCCUCUGAGAUGCCCCCGUCCCCCCUGGUGUGGGAAUAGCUGCUGUCUGUGCCACGAUCCGGCCCCGCGCUGGACUACUGAGGACAACAAGAAGAAACCCCAACCUGUGUAGCAUUUCACUGGAGUCUAGGACUAGCAAUGUCCACUGUGUGUGUACUGUAAUACUAACUAUGAAGUUUUAAAAUGAACCCAACCAACCACUGCUGACUGGGUUAUGGAGGGACUUUUACAGUGUGCUAUGUAUGCAAGUGUCUGCCCACACUGCUCUGUAGAUGCAAAGCCACAAGUGGAUGCACACACACAUGUGCAUACAAACAUUGUGCAGAGCUGGUAUAAGGGCCAACCUCGUGGGCUUGAAAGUGUGUGUGUAAAGCCAGGGAUGAGACAGUAUGCUGCAGAGAGUCCUCGUAGUCUCUGCCUGCAGUCCCAGAGGGCAACGUACAGCUCCCGUCCACUUCCAUACAUACAUAGUCAUCACUUAUUUAUUAAAGGAGGGAGAGGCGUUCUGGAAAGGGUGUGCUUUUUAUAUAUAGCACAGGAUUUAAGACACUACCUGCUCACGCUAGUUAACCCCCCCUCCCUCAGAAAUCAUAACGUUCCAUUAGAGAUGAUGCUUUUUAUAUAUAGCACAGGAUUUAAGACACUACCUGCUCACGCUAGUUAACCCCCCUCCCUCAGAAAUCAUAACGUUCCAUUAGAGAUGAUGCUUUUUAUAUAUAGCACAGGAUUUAAGACACUACCUGCUCACGCUAGUUAACCCCCCUCCCUCAGAAAUCAUAACGUUCCAUUAGAGAUGAUGCUUUUGAUUUAUUUGUGGUGUACUGUUAAACAGUUUAGUCAGAGGGUUUCAUUGUUUGUUUUGUCCCCCAAAAAAUCCUGCUCUAUUGCUGUUUGUUCUAUGCCUGCUGUCCCCUGGGUUAGAAGUCAGUAUUUGUGAAGAGAUGUGUGCUCUGCAUGCCACUUGGUUGCGAUACGUAUGGCGAGAACCCCUCACCCGGCACACACACUCGCAUGACUAACCCAAAUAUGGGCAUGUGGAAGUAUGGUGCUGUGUCAGUAUUAGCUGGGUAAAAUGUGGUAACCCUGGAAUGUGGUUGCAUCAAAAAAUAGGCUAUUAGUGGGAAAGAAGCGCCACUGAGAGCUGAAGAGAUCCUCCGCUCUGGGUACAGUAACAUGACAGAGAGAAAGUAGUUUCGGGUACAUAUUGACAUUGUGGUAUUCAGCAGAGAUUUUGUGCUACAGGAACAAGAAGGCCAUGUUGGGGUGCUACUUGGUCGUUGCGUUUUCUCUCUGGAGACUCUGAGAGACCGAAUGAAUCUGCUGUUGAACGUUCUGUACCAUAUGAACAGGCACGUUAAGAGUGUAAGGGAUACAGAUAUUCACUGGCUCCCCUGCCAUGUAUUCUGAAUAUAUAGUCCUACCAUACACUGCGUGUCCAUGUUCUGUCAAUACCUAGUUAAAGACAGACAAGCGGAAUAAUAGGAAGAUCAGCCAAACCAAAAUCAUUUCAUUAUUCUGAAGAGAAAGUGAAACCAAGAUUUUUUUUAAUCUAGAUGUUUGAUGAUACGGGGAUGCUGCCCAUCUGGAAGAUGCUGAUUUAUUCCAUAGGGUCCCAACAAGUGGGGGGGGUGUGUGUUGCUUAUACGUGUGUCCUGUCACGUGCAAAUGAAUAUGUUUAACUAACUACAGUGACUUUCUUUGGUGAGGGGGUGUCACCUUAUCAAGGGAAUGGUGUCAAAGAGAGAGAUAUUCCCAUCAAUGAAUAAGGUGAAUGAAUCAUUUAGCCAGUAAUAUCAGGUCUACUUUAAGCCUCACUCCCCAUAGCAAUGUUUCAUGUCACCUACACAAUAAAAUAAACUCGCAGAAGAAAACUAUUUCAUAUAUUUUUAGAUGAUUAUUUUCUAUUUAUUUCAGUCAAUGGAAUAUGAUAUGUCAAUAGGUGAAAAACAAAUGGAUUUAAAACAAAAUCUACAAUGGAGGAAAAAUAAUAAUAAAUGAAAACAAUACUGCUGUAUAGGUGUAUUAGCCUGCACAUUUUUAGGGCUGUGUAUUUUAUUUUAUUUUUGAGACUUGCAUAUAAAUGUAUAUAUUUUAUUUGGCCUUUUUUUAUGUUUUCCCUUGUACACGAGCGUGUAGAAGACAUAAAUAAUCCCCCCAAAAAUGAUUCAGAAAACAAAUGAAAAAACACAUAACCAAUUAUGUUAAUUGUGUCUUGUGUGCACUGCAGAGCUGUGGCUAUAUUGAAGUAGAAUGCUUUUUUCUUCUUAUUAUUAUUAUUAUUUCUACCUUAGAGAAACACUUUACUAUUGUGUGUAUAUGUAUAUAAAGAAUUACAAUGUUGUUCUCUACCUCUUGAGCUCUAUUACUUGGUUUGUUUACCUCCACAAAUGUAUCAUUUCACGUGGAGAAUUAAAAAUAAAACUUGAAUGUCCCUUACAGCUUUUAUAUAUAUAUAUAUAUAAAAAAACAGCUAGUUUUCUUUUUCACUCAUUUGAAAAACUAUUUUAAAUUUGCCAGAGGUAGGAUUCAUCAUGUCGUAUUAAAAUACCCUAUCAAUAGCCAAGCAAUUCCAGACUGUUAGUUGACGUUGAGUCAUAUAUUUGAUAGGCUAUGACCCUCCCCGUCUCCCUGUGUAAUAUCUGUGUGUGAAGAGAUUUUGUGUUGAAAUGAAGUACAAAAACCCACUGAUACAAAUGUUUAGAUAUACACAAAUAAUAACAAAGCAGACAGAAAUAUGAUGGUGGUGCUGUGAGAGAGACUAACUUCAACUCUGCAACUGAUAUUUGGGCAAAAUUUGGAUAGGUACUACUUGUGCUGUCACACAUUUUUAUAAGACAUUUGAAGUUUAUACUCAGAGGUAAUGUAAUUUGAAUACAAUUUAUGAUAAAUAUAUCUAUAAAGCUCUGCUUACAAGGACCUUAAAAGCCAAUGUGAAGUUGAGACCGGAAAUGACUCCUCGGAUGUGCUCAAGUGUGUGUUGGGAAAAAUGUCCGGUCUCUAACAGUGUAGAUUUGAAGUACAGUGGUGAAACUCAUUAAAUGUGACAUUUUAAAGAA